AUGGCAUCUACCCAGCACAACAGCUACAGUAUUGGCCAUGCUCUUCCCCAGGUGCAGCAUCAUGAAUGGCGAACGGCCGAGAACAGCGCUGCCCAUCUCAUUCCGCACCUCGAAACAAGCGCGUCCCAGAAUCCGCACCUCAAGCUGCUAGACGUGGGCGCCGGGUCGGGCACCAUCACCGCCUCUCUGGCAAAGUACAUGCCCGAGGGCCAAGUAACGGCUACAGACAUCUCGGACGACAUUCUACAGCGGGCACAGUUUCACGCAGCGAAGGAGGGCGUCAAGAACAUCAGCUACCAAAGGGCGAGUGUCUAUGAGCUUCCCUUUGCCGAAUCGAGCUUUGACGUCACACACGCGCACCAGGUCCUCACGCAUUUGGAUGCGCCCGUCGAUGCCAUUCGCGAGAUGCUGCGGGUGACCAAGCCAGGCGGAAUUGUGUCUCUCCGGGAAGCGGACUUGCGCAUGUGGUGCUUUUGGCCAGAGGUGCCGGCUCUGCAGCGGUUUCACGAGCUCAACCUUGAGCAGCACAUUUCCAACGGGGCGAGCGGCACGGCGGGGCGGGAGCUGCUUUCCUGGGUGCUGAAGGCUGGCGCCAAAAGGGAAAACGUCGAGAUGAGCUUUGGGACCUGGUGUUUUGGCUCGGACCGAGAUCGAAAGCCAUGGAGUGAGUGCAUCGCACAAUGUCGAUCGAGUUUGGCCGCUAAUAUUUUCUGCCUAGGUGAUUCCAUGGUGGAGCGUCUGCAGAGUGGUCCGGUGUGGGGGAAGGCGCUGGAAAACGGAACUGUGAAGAGGGAGGAGGUUGAGGAAAUGGUGGAUGCUUGGAAGACGUGGGCAGCGACAGAAGAUGCAGUUUUGGGCAUCGUGAAUGGCGAAGCAAUUAUCCGCAAGGCAUGA